AUGGCAGACUUCCCCAGCACCGCCGCUCUGCUCGAAAAUCUGCAGGAUGAUUCGAAGGGACUGGAUAUUCUCGCUUACCUGCUGGAAUUGCAGGUAGAAAAUAAGCCCGAGACGGGUGUCAAUAACCCACAAAUAGAUAAUCUAGCAAACCGGCUGUAUAGCUUGACUUUCUAUCCCAAGGACCAAACUCAGGAUCUCAGACAAAGGUUGUCUGACACUGUUAUGCUCUUGCAGCGGCAUGAGAAGCUUCGUUUGAGGGGAUGCAUUUUGUCGAGACUGAUCCCAGAAACGCUAAUAUUGAUCAGACUAUCCCUCCUGAAUUGCAAAGACGAAUAUGGGCCAGCACUAUCAACUAUAUAUGCAUCUGCACCUAGUUAUUCUGCAUUGUGGGAGGAUACCAAUAGCCCUGACGCCCAGAAGAAUGUAGGCCCACUCGAUGUUGAUGCAGAAACCCAGAAUGCAGAAUCACAGGUUGAAACUCGGCUUAAUGCGUUUCUUGUAGAGGGAAGGGCAUCGAUUUUUCAGGCCACGAAAGAUCGCCUACUUUUCCUGGAAGAUAUAUUAUCGGAGUCGAAUGACAACCUAAGACCACUUCUCCAGGAUCAAAAGUCAUUGACCACUCUGCUGAUGAGGAUGUGUGUAUCCGCAACAUACAUCUAUGAACAAAGUAUAAUCUUACUCUCAGUGCGGCUCCUGCGUAGAAUCAACUCCAUCCAUAACGACUUUCUCAACAGGAACUUGUUGGAUAGCCAGCCACCACUUGAUGCAGAAAUAUUCAAACAUCUUGAAGUCCUGCUUCGAUCAGGGCACAAAAUUCAAGUGAACGCCGGGUAUCACCUGUGGGUUGGGCUUCUAGACAGCCAUAAUGAACUUUUCGACUUGAACUCUAUCAUCCAGAGUGAUAGUUAUUGGGACUAUAUUCUGAAUGGGCUGGAUGAAACCUCUGGAGAAAUUAAGAAAAUAUGUCUUCAUAUACUCUGGUCAACUCUACAACAAUUACCAGGCGACCUAAACUUACGAAAUUUUAAAUGGGAUUUCAAAAACAGAACUUCUCAGUUGGAGUUUUGGAAAACGUACAUUACUUUCACCGAAAUGCUUGCCUUAGACAAUUCUGUCAAUCAACUCCGUCUAGCAUCGUCCGAGCUCGAGAGAUUGAUUCAACAAGCAAAUACUAUGAGUAUUCCAAAUAUUUGGAUUCUCAUCCUUCUCUCCCAGGGUUUCCAGAACUCAAGCGCUGGUGAUAUGUCCCUUCGGUUAUCGGAAUUCGUUCUGAGAUUGAAUACGGAGGCUCUGUGGUGGACGAAGUCAGAAAACGCCGCAUCUGAUAGGUCACCUUUAGAUUUCUUUCGAAGUGUGUACCCCGCCAAAACACUCUUCCCGCAGGUUUUUAAGACUCCGAAUUUCAAUGUUAGCGUCCUAGCGCAGAACGUUUGUGAGCAUGGAAACGCCAUCACAUCAUUCGUUCAAAAGAUUCUCACUAUCAGCCAAGAUAACGACGAGAAUUUUCAAGAUCUUAUAGGAUCCCUUCUUGAGACAGUCUUUGAUCAGUUGGGCCAAGCGAACGCAGGGCAGUUUUAUGCAUUGAAGGGUAUUUUCAACACUACAAGGUCCCAGAACGCCUGCCUAUCCCUUCGUCAUGGUACUUUACUUGCGAAAAUAGCAAAUAUACCCCUUGAUAACAUCCUCCGCGGUGAUAUGAAAUCGUUGAUUUGCCUAUUGCUAUCUCUGAAGCUUGGUUUAAAAUCCGAAAUAGUAUCUAGUUACGUACAAUUAAGCCUUGUCUCUCAAAUUCUCCGGAAUCAUCCAAAACUCCUAGAUGAGUCGCGAACAAGGCACAUAAUUGAAACGCUCAACCUUGAUGCGUCCCAACUUACUGCGAUUAUCGACCGGCUUAGCCUUGAUACCGUGGAUGAUACAGAUGUCGGUCUGUAUAGCCUAGUAGUAGCAAUUGGUCUAAGGCUUUCAAAUCCGGUCUCUCUUCUUAGGGUUCCUAGAACCGAAGCAGAAGUUUCAAGAGAUGGACUAAUUGCCAAUCGUGUAUUGUUACGGCUUCUUGAGUAUGGUCAUGGCAUACUGGAAGCUCUUCGAAAUAUUCCCGAAGUCCGGAGAUUUGUCACUUCCAUCUUCCAAGAUAUCUUCGACAACGGGGCUCAUUCUUCACACCAUCCUGAUGUCUCACUAUUAAUCCCGUUCCUAGAACCCCGGGAGCGAGCCAGUAUCCAGCAAUCUGCCAUGGCCGUUCUUCAGGAUAUUAGUGAAAAUUGGACAGCAGGGUUCAGUGAUAUAGGUGAUUUGCUGACCACACUGAGGCUCUACCUACGACUUUGCAUCGGUUGCAUGCGAAGUAAUGAAUACGAGGAGAUUCCGGCUAGCGUUAUCAAUGCGGCUGUGGCUAGAACUGCUUCAUUCUGUGAAGAUGUGUAUGAAAAAGUCAAAAAGAAAAAGGAAUUACAUGAAGUUCUUGGGUGCUUCUUAGAAUUAAUCGAAAUCGUGGUCAAAACUCGAAAUAAGAUGCCAGCUGAUCUAGGGUAUUACAUCUUAAUCACUCUCCAUAUUAACGUAUUGCCAUACGUGGAUGGAACUGGUUUUUCAAUCAUCCUUGAUUGCAUAGAACAUAUCCUAGUAGCGUGCCCUGAAGCUUUGCAAAUGGUGGACGACUUAAACGAACUCCUUCAACAGUGGGCCAUCAAAGCGGACGAAGAUAGAUUGGGCAGGGAUCAAAAAUCGAAUCAAGUCAAAGCAAUAGCCAUAAUUUUACACCCGGCUAUCCUCGAUGCGUCUGUGGCUACGGGGCCCACAUUAAUAAAAAUUUGCAAAGAUACCCAGAAACACAUGGCGAAACGACGUGGACUUGCCCCCGCUCUUGCGAAGGCGUUAUGUAAUGCUUUCGACGUUACCUCUGCAACAUUCUGUAGAGAACAUGGGUUCACAGAGGUGCUGCAUGAAUUCUUGGUUCCGAGCGUAUCUAAGAAGGAUGACAACAAUUUCGAUGUCGAAGAGGCUUUGUCCGUAAUUUUCGACGAUAUAUCUGGGGCUACAGGAUUAUAUGAAAAAUACCAUGGAGAAAAGGAAAAGAUAGCACAAGCUAGGAUUUUCGAUCUUCUUGCACGAUUUGACUACGACGACGCAAUUGAGGAACUAUGGGCCAAGACACUCCUUGAUGAAAUAUUUGAGCCAUGGACCGAAAUUGACCCAAAAGAUCCGAUGUCUCUAAGGGUCGUCCAGAAGUGGAAGAAAACCCAACAACUUCAAGCAGUUCUCCUUCUCGAACGCUUUAUAACCGAAGAUGACGCUGACGACCAUCUUGAAGCUAUCUUUGUGGCAUUAUCAAGAGAGGCUAAUCCCAGAUAUAAGUUCCUUCUAGAAUGGAUGGCAUUCAGAUGCAUUCUCAGAUUCCCGAAUCUCAGAAGUGUAGUUUGGGAACGUUUCGAAACAACGGAGGACGAUAUACCAAGUUACAAAGUCUCCCUCCUCCGCCUCGCCUACCUAAUUAGCGUCCAUAUUCAAGACGCCGAACAAGAACAGUUCUUCACAGACCUAGUGACCCGUGCUAUCCCUUGCGCAACCUCAAACAAGGUCACAAUCCGCCACGAAGGUGCAGAACUGAUCCCAAAGUUAUACGAAGAAGCUACAAAACUCGGUUAUACCACUCUUAUUGAAAACCCAAUGUUCAAAAGUAUUUAUGACUAUAUAAUGGGCACACCUUACCGAAAGGUUAUGGUCCCGUCACCUACGGAUUCAUUUGACCCAGUUCAGGACUUUUCACUUGUUGGUGUUCUUGCGGGGAGUUACAUAUGCUGUGAUGGAGGCGGAGAUAUCAUCCCACUCUUCUUCGCUGAAGACUUCGCAUCUUUUGAUGCAGAUACAAAAACACAUUACCUCCCAAUUGGAACAAACCCUCCCCCCUUCUCCGAGUCUACCUCUUCAACUAAUCCCAAGGAAACGGCUGAUAAACCCCAAUCCUCAACAACGGGGCCAAUACAAACCAAAGGCGGUGACUGGGAUAUCAAAAGCCUUCUCUCCCGUCAGGACGCAUUCCAAUCUCGCCAUUCUACUCGACGACAGGCUCAUCAAAUCGACGUCGUAGCAAGUCUGGUGGACAACCAUUACAACCUCGGUGGUAUAUGCCGUGUCUGCGAACUAUCUGGCGUUCAAAAAAUGUAUAUGGGUAACAAAGCCACCGCAUUGAAAGCAAAGGAGUUUACAUCCGUCUCCGUAUCCUCAGAACAUUGGCUACCUAUCGAAGAAGUCAAGAAGCAGGAAGUGAGAGAGUUGUUGGCAAAAAGAAGACAGGACGGAUAUACUAUCGUGGGGAUUGAACAGACGGAUCGGAGUAUCAUUCUUGGUACCAAGGAUUUUGUGUUCCCGUUGAAGACAGUAUUGGUUAUUGGGGCUGAAAAGACGGGAAUUCCUCCUGAAUUGUUGGUAGAGAUGGAUAUUUGUGUGGAGGUCAAGCAAUUUGGUGAGACGAGAUCUAUGAAUGUCCAGACGGCGACUGCGGUGGUAUUGUAUGAAUAUGUUCGACAGAAUGGUGGCAUUCAAUAA